AUGUGGGCGCCAAGCGGCCCGCAGGGGCCCGCGGGCUGGGACCGCCGCAGGGUGGGCGCCCGGCUGCGCGCCGCGCUCGCGGGGCUGCACGAGCUGCAGGGGCUGCGCGCCACGCAGCAGGCGCGCGUGCGGGGCGCCCUGGCCAUGCAGCCCCCGCCGGGGCCCGCCGCCCCCCGCGGCCCCGAGCACCCCAGCGGCCCCCGCGCGCACGAGCUGCGGCUGGAGGCGGCGCUGGAGGCGCUGCAGGAGCAGCUGAGCCGCUUACGACGCCAGGAUACCGGCCUGAAGACCCGCUGGGAGCAGCUGGACCGGCGGAUGGGUGAGCUGCAGCUGGACGUGCGCCGACCCUGCAGCGAGGCGGCCGACAGCGACAGCAGGCCCAGCUCAGGCUUCUACGAGCUGAGCGACGGAGGCUUCUGCUCCCUGUCCGCCUCCUGCACAUCCGUGUGUAGUGACCGCAUGUCCUCCUCCCUGGGAACUUUGCCGCCAGCUGACCCCACGGCCAGGCCCGACGCGGGGGACUGCCGGCCCCGGUCGGCCGAUGAGACCACCGUGCACGGAGCACCCCCACCCGCCUGGGUCCCCCAGGCCAUGGAGGACGGCAUGUCCCGGCCCAGGCCCGUGUCUACAGGUGAUCUUGAAAGAGUCCUGCCAUCUGAGGUGGCGCUCCAGAAAGCCAGCGCACACCCCAAGUCCACUUCCGUUCUCUGCCACGGGAUGGACCUCCCAGCCCCCGUGCUGGACCCCAAAUACCAGCGUGACCUGGUGUCCAAGGGCGGCAGGGAGGUGUACCCGUACCCCAGUCCCCUGCACGCUGUGGCUCUGCAGAGCCCGCUCUUUGCUCUACACAAAGAGACCCUGCAGGGUCACGGCCACUCGCCCUCUAGGGAGCCCCUCCCCAGCCCCGCGGCCCUGGGCUCCAUCCGGACUGGACCUGUCCUUGAGGCUGGUCCAGCUGCAGCCUAUAUAGACAGGCUGUUGAGGCUGCGGGCCCGAGGGACCCCCCCAAGGGGCAGUGUGGGUGAGCCCGGACCCUCAAGACUUGAGGCGCCCCCAUCCCCGCGGGUGCUUGGUGGCCAGAGAGCGGAUGGUGAAGGUGGGCUGGGGAAGCUGGUGUGCCCCUCAGGGAAAGCAGGCACAGGUGGGACGGCUCAGAGGGCGGGCAGCAGCAGGGACAGCCUCAAGCAGCGGGGGCCUGCACUGCUCGCAGCCACGCCACGCUCCAGCAGCCUUCCAGAGGAGGGACCCAAACCCCCGAUUGGCUGCGUCUGUGGGGAGACCGUGAGGGGCUCCCCGCAGUCGGGGCAUGGGCCAGCCCCCUCUCCCCGCCCCCAGGCUCAGCAGCAGGCUCUCAGCUGCCAGGACAGCACAGCCCUGUUGCCUACCAGGAAGGGGGGCAGGGAGAGCCCUGCGCUGGCCCCAGGGCACUGUGCCCCGCCCCCAUUUGCUGACAGCGGAGCUUCCCCCCUAGGGCUGAAAACAGGCCACCCCAAGACAAAGUCUGUGAAGAUCAAGAGAGGGUCCAGUGACAAGGUGCUGCGGUUUGGGGGUCAGCCGUCCCCUGGGGGGGCCCUCGCAGCCCCACUGUUGCCCCCCGAGUGGGGGCAGGGUCUCAGGAGGAGACCCACCCUGGCGGGGACGGCGCCCAGCCGGUCCUGCUCUGAGCCCAGACUCUACCCUGUGCCCCUCCUGGUGCCCCUGCUAGUGGCCCGACGGGAGGGUCACCGGGCCCCCGCCCAGGCCUCUUUCCCCUUGGAAGUGGCUGCUCUGGUGGCGGCCGGGGGGCAGGUGCGGAGGAAGCAGCGCAGGUGGCUGUCCUCCGUGGAGAUCUCAGGCAGCCUGGGGCCCCACAGGCUUGCGGCAAGCAGAGCGGGGGGCCCACGGCCGGUGUGUGCCCGCGCCAGGCCCAAGCUGCCUCGCCAGGAUGCCCGGGUCAGGAGCGAGUCGGAGGGCUCUGAGCGGUCAGCCGAGGGCGCCUCCCUGCUCCACUCCACCGUGGCCGACAGCAGUGAGGACGGGGCGAGCGACCGCACCACCAGCCACUUUGGAGACCGGGAGUCCAGCGGCAGUGACUCGGAGGCCGGGGCCUGGCCUCAGGCCUGUCCCCCCCAGCCCCCGAGGGCCCCAGGCGCCCGCAGGCCACCCCUGCCCCCGGUGCCCAAACUGUGCCGCAUCAAGGCCUCCAAGGCCCUGAAGAGGAAGAUCCGACGGUUCCAGCCGGCGGCGCUCAGGGUCAUGACCAUGGUGUGA